AUGGUUUGGUAUUAUUGUACUAUUUGUGGUGAAAGUGGAAAAAUUGUGAGUACUCAAACAGAAAGAUUGCAUCGACAAGAACAAUUUGGAAGAAUAGAUCAUUCUAUUGAUAAUACAAGUAAUAUUAAACAAAGAAAUGAGCAAAAAUCAGAAUAUGAAAAAGUCAAACAUGAAACAGAACAAGAAAUAGAUAAUGAGGAGAUAGAGCAAAUAAAAAAAUUUAGAGUAGCAUUAAAUUAUGGUUCUGAAGAUAGUGAAACUGAACAAGAAAAUGAUUUUGAAAAUUUAUCUUUGAUAAAAAAUACUGGACUACUUGAUGAUAUAGAAUUAGAAGAUAGUGAUAUUGAAGAAGAAACAAUUUUAAACUUUAAAACUUUUACUUUACCAUAUACUGCAAUUACAGCUUUAUUAAUGUUUAUUAAAGCUUUAGUAUUUAAUGAUGAUUUAAAUUUUCCUGAGACAUUAUAUAAAGCUAAAGAUGCUAUAUCAUUUAAGAAAACAAUUAUACAAUUUAUUAAGAAUGUAUUAUGGAGCUUUAUUUUAGUUUUAUGUGAUAUACCAGCAAGAAAUAAAAUUUGUGGAUUUUCUAGCCAUUCUUCUAAACAUGCAUAUUUUAAAUGCAAAAAACUUUUUAAAACUAAUGAUACUUUAGAUCAAUCAAAUAUUGAUAAUUAUACUUUACAAACUAUUAAAGAACAUAAAAUAAUAGCUGAGAAAUGGAAAUAUUCUGUAUCUAGUGAGCAUAAACAGUUGUUUGAUCAAUAUG